UCAGGGGAGGAAGGAGAAGAAGGAAACAGAAAGAAAAGCGGUGUUUUUAGGACACAAAUACAUUUUAGCUGUUAAAGUGCUCAGAGAAUACAUUACAGUCAGUGACUUUAUCAGCAGCAAUAGGUCGUCUUAAAAUGAACUAAAGCGCGAACAGCUGAGCGGAGGUUAUCAUGGCACUGAAAAGAAUACACAAGGAACUGCAGGACCUGCAGAAAGACCCACCCGCACAGUGUUCUGCUGGACCCGUCGGGGACGACAUGUUUCAUUGGCAGGCGACCAUAAUGGGUCCGGCUGAGAGCCCUUAUAAUGGAGGAGUGUUUUUUCUCACCAUCCACUUCCCGACUGACUACCCAUUCAAGCCACCAAAGGUAGCGUUUACAACAAAGAUUUAUCAUCCAAAUAUAAACAGCAAUGGCAGCAUCUGUUUGGACAUCCUGCGCUCACAGUGGUCUCCAGCACUAACGGUGUCUAAAGUUUUGCUGUCCAUAUGUUCGUUGCUUUGUGAUCCCAAUCCAGAUGACCCUUUAGUUGCAGAAAUAGCCAACAUCUACAAGAACAACAAAGCAAAAUACGACUCCACAGCAAAAGAGUGGACCAUGAAAUACGCCAUGUAAAAGAAAAACCCAACACCACUGUUUCUUCCUUUCUUAAAGUCACAACACACUGUCAAAGAUAAUCAGGAAGUAAUGUUAAUCGUCGUGCUUGUUCUCCACAUGAUUAAUGGUCAUGUGAUUGUGAGGGUUUAUUGGUUUGUCACAGGUAGGAAAUAUCAACUUUUCACCUCUGCCUUAAGAUUCAGCUGUGGGGUUUUGGGAUGUGAUCUCGACAUUGUCCAGAAGAGGGUAGGAUGUCCCACGUUGAGACACUGAUCAGCUCCAUCUUCAGGGAGGUCUUGAAGGACGGACUCCUCCUGCCUGAUGGUGGAGCCGGCGGCGCAGGCUUUGAAUGAAACAACAUCCUGCUGUAGCCGUCCCGCUCCGCGGUAUCACCGCCAUUAUGGGAGUAAAACUCAUCGAGAAGAAGGUUUUAGACCCCUUCAGACAUGGUGCAGCGCUGUGGCUGACAUCAGGUCUUUUAAAUGUCAGGAAAAUCAUGAUUUAUCUUCACACUUGUCCAACUUUGCUAAAAUGCUUUUCUUCCUGUGUAUCAAACAGAUCUUUAAGGCCUUUGUGGUACUUUUGUACUGGAUUAAAAUGGUACAUUUUUAUCAUGA